GUUUCUCCUAGGAGACGCCGAACUGAGCCCGAGACCCGUAAGAGGCGACGUGUCCUGCGGUAGACAUGGCCGGCAAGAAGAAAGACAUCGUUCUGCAGAUAGCCAUAAAUAAUCAGGAACAAUGGGAAGAGGUGCUGUCAUCCAAAGGACUUCUAGUGGUGGACGUCUAUCAGGCCUGGUGUGGUCCAUGCAAAACAACUGUGAGUCUGUUCCGAAAAAUCAAAAAUGAACUGGGGGAUGACCUCCUGCAGUUUGCUGUGGCUGAAGCUGAUGGCAUCGAUGCCCUUGAGAAAUACAGAGGCAAAUGUGAACCAACCUUCCUUUUCUUUGCGGGAGGAGAUCUGGUUGCGGUAGUGAGAGGUGCCAAUGCUCCAUUGCUGCAAAAAACUAUCCUUGAUCAGCUUGAAGCAGAGAAGAAAGUGUUAAAUCAUGGCCUGGAACGUAAUGUGAUAAAAGAUGAGACACUUCUGGAGGAAGAAGAAGAGUUAUCCCCUCUCCCUGCUCAGAAUGAAGAUGAAGAACUGGUUCCAUCAGGAAAAUCUUACACAGUAGCCAUCAUUAAACCUGAUGCUGUUGCUCAUGGGAAGGCAGAUGAAAUCAUUAUGAAGAUACAAGAAGCCGGGUUUGAGAUCUUGGCCAAUGAAGAAAGAACUAUGACAGAGUCUGAAGCCAGAGACUUUUAUAAACACAGAGCAGGAGAGGAGAAGUUCCAGGAGCUGGUGCAGUUUAUGUCAAGUGGUCCGUGUCAUGUCCUCAUUAUUUCGAAGUUGGGAGAUGAAGAUGUGAUCCCUGCAUGGAGAGAAUUCAUUGGCCCAACUGAUGUGGAAAUUGCUAAGAAGGAGAAACCUGAAAGCUUGCGAGCCCAGUAUGGCACCGAAGUUCUGUAUAAUGCAGUCCAUGGAAGUAAUGACGGGGAUCAAGCUAGCAGGGAAUUGGCUUUCUUCUUCCCAAGUUUUAAACUUCAACAUCAACACACAGAGGAAUCGGCCUCAAGGACUCCAGAAAGGACCUUAGCAUUGAUCAGACCUGAGGUCUUGAAGGACAGGAGAGACGAGGUUCUGCAAAGUAUUCGAGAUGCCGGUUUCUCUAUAGCAAUGCAAAAGGAGAUAAUGUUGACUGAGCAGCAAGUUGAGCAGUUCUACAAGGAGCAUGCCGAUCAAGAGUAUUUUCCAGCCCUAAAGCAGCAAAUGACAAGUGGCCCUGUUCUAGCCCUAGCACUGGUAAAGGACCAUGCUGUCAAACACUGGAGAAACAUGUUAGGCCCUGCCGACCUGAAUGAAGCCUUGAACACAGCACCAGACAGCUUGCGGGCUCGGUUUACUCCCAAAGAAACUACAAUUAACCAACUGCAUGGAAGUUCAAGCACCGAUGAGGCAGAAAAUGAACUCAACUUCUUUUUCCCUGUAGAGCAAACCUUAGCAACUAUUAAACCAGAUGCAUUGGAAGAACAUAGAGAUGAAAUCAUGGAAAGGAUUCAAGGUGCUGGUUUUAAUAUCUCUCAAAUAAAGGAGACUCAAUUAAGCCAAGAGAUGGCUGAAGAAUUUUACAAAGAACACAAGGGAAAGCCCUUUUUUGAUCAGCUUGUUAACUAUAUGUGCAGAGGUCCUUGCUUAAUGAUGAUUCUCAGUAAAGAGAACGCAGUGCAAGAGUGGCGGUCACUAAUGGGGCCUACAGACCCAACUGAAGCACAGAUAUCUUCUCCCGAGUCCUUGAGAAGCUUGUUUGCAAAGAGUGUGCUGCAGAAUGCAGUCCACGGUUCCUCAAACUUAAAUCAAGCCAUGGAAAAAAUGAAGUUCAUAUUUGGUGAUAUUGACGAGGAGAGAGAAAAUAAUGAUGAUGCUACAAAUGAUGUCAAGCAAAGUGAGGAGAACAGUGAAAACACGGCACCAGAAGAAAGUGAAGCAGAACCUCCUGAAGAAAACAGCUAAUUAACAGCCAGUUCACUUCCAUUGCGGUGGAUAUUAAUUAAUGAAAAAUUAUUGAAAUAAAAGGAAACAAAAUACAGUAUAAUAAAGAGCUGCUCGUUGUUACCUUGAAAUGGACACAAAAUAGGCUGAAAGACAUGCAGUAUUUUCUUAGGCUUCUUUCACCUUUGCCGAUCUGGAAAGCUGUUCCUGAACAGGCCUUUGGCCGUGUGAAACAACUCUACUCUGAUAUAUUUUUUAUAGUGCUACUGAUUUUAUCGACAGCCAUAGUCAAAGGAAUUCAUUACAUUGUAUGCAAUCUUGUGGACUGGAACUGUCACUUGAAAGUUAAAGGGGUGUCCAGUGAGAAAGAAAAGUAAU